CCGUCACAACACAACAGGACCAAAAUCAGCAACAUUUUGAGAACCGAGUCGAGAGAAAAGCAAGAUUUCAGACAAGUAAGCAAGAUACUGAAAACCGCUACGUUGACAAAGUUUGUUUUAUAAUGGCAGAGAAGAGGAAAACUAAAAAGCGAAAAGAGAAAAGAAAGGAGUUUGGUGAAGCGGCUGAUUCGGAGAAGCCGACCAGCGAGGAGUACGCUGUGGCGAAGUGGCUGAAGGCCAAUGUGCCCACAAAGAAGACCAAAUUCUUGAACCAUCAUGUUGAAUAUUUUACAGGCACAAAGGCGGUGGACGCGUUGCUGACGUCAAAAUGGGCGACGGGGAAGAACCCGACGUUUACAACGCGUAUCGAAGUCACCGAUUUUCUUCAUCAAAUGCUCCUUCAUAAGCUAUUCCACAGAGCUAAGAAGGUACCCGUCAGUGAACAAGAAUUAAAGGGAAAGUCUAAGAAGAAGGAAGCAGAGAAAAGCAAGAGUGGAGAUGAGAAAGAUGGAGAAAAGAGCCAGGCCAGCGCCUGUGAGGGAAAGGAUACAAAAGAGAAGGAGAAGGAGAAAGAGAAGGAGAAGAAGAAGCGCAAGAUACGGCUGGAGAUGCACAUGGAGCAGGUGUUCCUGGACAGCGCGGACGCGUUCGUAUGGCUGUACGACCCCAUGCCCUGGUACUACUGGGUGUGCGGCGCGCUCGUCGUGCUCGGCACCAUCGGCGUCUGCAUGUUCCCGCUCUGGCCCGCCACCGUCAGGAAGGGUGUAUACUACCUGAGUAUAGCGGCAGCGGCGUUCCUGGUGAUGAUAAUAGCGCUGGCCGUGGUGCGCGUCGUGGUCUUCUGUCUGGUGUGGCUGCUCACCCUCUCGCGGCAUCACCUCUGGCUGCUGCCCAACCUCACUGAGGAUGUGGGCUUCUUUGCUUCCUUCUGGCCGCUGUACAAGUAUGAGUACCGCGGUCCAGGCUCCGACAGCGAUAAGUCAUCAAAGAGCAAGAAGAAGCGCAAGAAAGACAAGGUGUCUGAUGAUGAGGAGGAGAAGACGCCACUCCUCACUGAGGAGCCGCCUCCCGCACCUCCCGUGGUAGAAACCUUGGCUAAGGAGGAGGAAGAACCUAAGGAGGAGAUAGCGGAAGUAGUUUCCGCAGAUAAACUAUCGGAGUCCGAGUCCGAGAACAGUCAGCGCUCCUCCACGGACCGGGACUUCGAGAUGGUGGAGCCCGGGGACUUGGAGGGGGACACGCCCCCCAGGGAACACGCCCCACACGCUUAGUUCCCCGCCCCCACUUGUUAAGGCCGCUUUUAGACCAUUUUUCUGAAAACUACGGGAAUUGUGCGUUUUUAACAAUAGAAAUGAGAAAUUAAAUUGUUUCUAUGUACAUGAGUUAUUUGUUGUCUAUGGAUUUUAGUUUCAGGUAAUAUGCUAAAGGCAUAAUGCAAAAUAGGCAUAAAGCUUGGUGUUUCAAUUUAUUUUUAUUACGUUAACCCUUUUAUGCCGUUUAUGGUGGAUUUUUGACAAAUCAGUUAUAAGCGAUGAAACGGUUAAAAUAUUUCUCUAAUUAAAUUGUUCUAUAUUUUUCUAAUAAAGUAUCAGUUUAAACUGAUAUAAAUAUUCUUUCUUUCUACAGCCUUAAAAUUGUAUAAUUUCUCAUUUCUGUUGAUAUCGAAUCCUGCUGUCAGUCGCGCGGCUAUCGCGCCAGUGGAAAAAGGAUCUUACAGUUAGGGUAUUCCCCUAUUAACCCAAAAAUUCUACAUUAUAGUUAAAAUUUAAUCAAUAUUAAGAAAUUAGUGUUUAAUCUGAACGCACCACAUAGGCCGUUUUUUUUAACCUAAAUGUAUGGGAAGAUUACUCGUAAGUAGAAAAAUCAUUGUGUAUUUAAAAUCGAUUUUAAAUCAUUUUUAUUAUUGGACUUGUAUAAUUUGACUUUGCUACUUUGAAAGAAUCUAGAUGUUAAAAUUGGAAAUGAAUCAAUUGCCAUUUUAAAUAUCGUAAUUUUCAGUACUUUAUUAAAAAAAAUGUUUCCGGUUUAAGAAAUGUAUCGACUUAAAAAUACUUUGACAUUAUGUAUAUAAAAAUUGGUAUAUUAUAAAAAAUGUCUGUAUAUAUGUCAAGACAUAUUUAACUACAAAAAUGUGCAAUUGACAGUAAAAAUAUUAAUACGACAGUUACUAUCGGUUAUAACUGACAUUUUUGUUAAUAACAUCAAUGUGAAAAUAGUUUUAUUCCAAU